GGUUCCCACAUGUGUCUAUACUGGUGUCAGUAAAGGCAACAACGAAGUUGUGAUUAGUGCUGGAUUUUUAAAAAUAUGUUACAUUAUCUGAAAAUGCAGCGUUUAAAAUUAUUUUAUUGCUUUGGAAGCCGAAGCCUGUCCAGGAUUUUGUACAGGUACAGAAACAAUUAUAUUGGAAUUUCUAAAGUGUGUACAACUAGCAGGCUACAAUUAUUCACAAACACACAAACUUUCCACAACAAGAAACAAAUAUUCUUAACAGAUAAAUUGCAUCUGUCUGUAACUGAAACAGAAAAGUGUACAAGGCAGAGUGAAAAGAAAGGUAGGCAUUCACGAAAAUAUACGUCUGUAGAGCCUAACAUUGCUGAAGAGGAAUUUGUUUUUCUCGACCUCGAAGCUGGGGCGAAUACAACAGAAAAAGAUGAUGUUUACAAAGCACCCAUCGCAGAAGAUUGUUUACCAAAGAGCAAAGAUAAAAAGACAACAACGCAAAUACGUCAGAAAUCUCUGGAACAGAGAGCGAAUUAUUUGGAGCCACGGGUGACCACGAAAAUAGAAGCAGAGUCAGACAUUGAAUUCAUUGACAUAGGGUUUCCACUUUCUGACUCGGUUCUGAAAAAGGAAAAAACACAGAAGCAGCACAAAAUGUAUGGAAGUCCAGAUGUGCAGGUCCCGUUUAGCGACGCUUGCUGUUCAGGGUGUGGUGCUGUGAUGCACUGCACAGACCCAACGUUAGCAGGGUAUAUGCCCAGUGAGAAAUACAAGCUGUUGACUGAAGAAAACAAAUUGGGAAACGCUGUUUGUCAGCGUUGUUUUUUGCUCGUUCAUCAUCAAAAAGCAUUAGAUGUUCAAGUUUCCAAAGAAGAGUACAGGAAAAUAGUGAGUGGGAUACGUGCCGAAAAGGCGCUGGUGUUACUAAUCGUUGACUUGCUUGAUUUACCCAAUUCUAUUAUUUCUGGUUUGCUGGACCUUGUUGGAGAAAGAAAAAAUAUAGUGGUGUUAGGAAACAAAGUAGACCUUCUACCCGGUGAUUCACAGAACUAUUUAAAACGCAUCAAAGAGCAGCUGUUUCAGUACUGUGUUAAGGAAGGGAUUUACACUGGAAAUAACAUCAAGGAUGUUAACCUUGUAAGUGCUAAAACUGGCUAUGGGAUAGAGAACCUAAUAUCAAGCCUUCAGAAAUCCUGGAAAUAUAAAGGGGACGUUUAUUUGGUCGGGACCACAAAUGCAGGGAAAUCAACGCUGUUCAACACCUUAUUGGAAUCCGAUUAUUGUAAAUCGAAAGCGCCAGAAGCUAUUGGUAAAGCAACCAUUUCCCCAUGGCCAGGCACCACAUUAAACCUUUUAAAAUUUCCAAUCAUGAACCCGACGCCUUACCGAAUGUUUAAGAGAUCGAAGAGACUGAGAAACGAUGCUUCCCAGACUGAGAACGACCUCAGUGAAACAGAGCUCAGGCAUGUGAAUCAACUCAAGAGACAGGGAUAUUUAGUAGGGCGAGUUGGAAGAACUUUUUGGUCAGCUACACCAGACAACGAAAAUGUGGAUAUGCUACACUUUGAACAUGAAGACCUUAGUCUUAGUGCGGCACUGGAGGAAUCCAAUAGAGUUUCCAAACCACCUGACCCAGCACAGUUCACUGAUAAUGAACUCAAAUAUGCCCACUGGUUAUAUGACACCCCAGGAAUCGUAAAAGAAGAUUGUGUUCUGAAUUUGCUUAUUGAGAAGGAACUCAAGAUGGUAGUGCCGACGCAUUCCAUUGUACCCAGAACAUUCGUUCUCCAACCAGGGAUGGUGUUGUUUUUAGGUGCUUUGGGACGCAUUGACUUUCUUAAGGGAGAACGAGCCUGUUGGCUUUCUGUCAUUGCCUCGAAUCUUCUUCCAGUUCAUAUCACCAGCCUGGAGAAAGCAGAUGACAUCUACAACAAGCAUGCUGGGAACACACUUUUGGGGGUUCCCAUUGGAGGGGAAGAGCGAAUGAAACAGUUCCCACCACUUAUUCCUAAAGAUAUUGAUCUGAAGGGGAUAGGACCUGAUCAGGCUGUGGCUGAUAUCAAACUCUCAUCUGCAGGCUGGGUGGCUGUAACUGCUCAAUUAGAUGAUGCGCUUCAGUUCCGGGUGUACACUCCUGCAGGAACCGGGUCGACAGUGCGCAGCCCUCCUUUGCUGCCCCACAUUGUGCACGUUAAAGGAGAACGAAUUAGAAAGACACCAAGCUACAGAACCAAAAAACCAGAGCCUCUGUUGGUUGACAGAUAUUCCUUUUCAGAUGGGGCUGUUAAAGGAAAGCUGAAGGGAAAAAAAUAACCAUGGUUCCCUAGAAAAGCAUUUCAACCAUUUUACAAACAAAUGAAUACACGUUCUAAUGGAGACAGUGAAAUAGGCUAUUUAUAUUAGCACCAGUAUAAUGAAUUCACAUAAAGGCAUGAGAAAACCCAUUUGGGGCGAUGGUGAUUACAUUGAUAUUAAAUGGGUAAAUACAGCAGUGUUGAAUUGGAGAAAUAAAAUACAACAAUGCUGCAUUGAAGCUGUAUACAGAUACACUGUGGCCUCUCAUCACUUAGUCUUCUAUUGAAUUCAAGCAGUUUGGUUGAGCAUAAAAAAUAUAGUAGUUUAAUUUCCUGACUUAUUUAAAAGCGCCAAAUUGCAAAUUCCUAAACAGUCUAACAGGAAUGUAAAAUUGUCAAUAUAGUAUUAUAUCCAGGUAUGUAACUGGUUUCCUGAAUUUAAGACCUCAAGAGACAGCGUCCCUGUGUGUAACAAGGACCCGAAGUACUGCCGGCUUGUAUCAGAGAAGUUUCUUUGCGUUUUGUAUUCAAUGGUAAUAAACAAGGUUCUUAGCAUAGCAAUGGACUCAUCAGUCUCUUGUUUUCCAAACUUUUUCACUUAAGCCUUGUAUUACUUUUACUUCCUGUGUUAAAAGCAGUAAGAACCUACAUGAGGUCACACAGUUUGUUACAGGUAUCAAAGAAAACAAGUGUAGUUGUGUUUUACCUGUAAUAGAGGGAUAGAGUGGCUUCACCUGAAUCAGAGCAAAACAGGAGGGACCUGAAGGUUUGUUCAUUACACCUUUAGAUGGUUUUUAAACUGAUUUUAUUGUGUAUUGUCUGAUUUGUGUAUAUGAAUGUGUUUUUUUUUUAAAAUAAUAAAUGUAACUCAAUUCACCUAUAUUGUUUCUUGCUAUUGAUAAACAAGUAGACAAACAUUUUGUUAAUGCUGCCUUCUCCAAGAUAGAGGGGUUAUUUUUUACCUGCUUUAACAGUAGGAGUCAAUUAGAAAUUGGAUUGACACAUAUACUAAUAGGUAGCCAGACAGGAGCCUCCAUAUAUCUGCAGAUUGUGAUCCUCUCAAUGACCUGUGCUAGUGCACAUACCAGGUUUAAGGAUAUACAGGGCGAUUGUAUAUGCAUGGUGCGUUGACGUGGUAAACUUACUUUCUAAUGUAAAGGUGAUGUAUGGGUAAUAUUAUGAGGCAAAUCAUCAAUACAUCUAGGAUGGCUGCACAUAUUUAAAGAUCUAACACAAUUUAAAAUUAAGUUGCAUAUCGUCUGUAGAUUUUCAUUCAGAGUAAGAAUAUAGUAUGGUAUAGUAAGUUUGGCAGAUUGUUGAAUAACACGGAAAGAAGUUUGAAUGCAAUUUAAGAUACAUGUGUUUGCAGGUUUGAACACGGUUAGUUUUAAAAGGAGAUUAUCACAGGAGGUAAAGUAACUGGCAAAUGCAAGAUUGCAUUUAAUUGCACUGACGUCGACCGUCUGAACACAAUCGCACAUUGCUGGAGGAACUGAUGCGCUCAAGAGAUAACAUAGGAAGCACAAAGAUCAAAGGGCCACACCAAGAUAACACCAUCUUAGGCAGUGUGAACCAAAACCAGUUUUCUUUACAAGUACAUGAGACUCUCCAAAGGGGGUUACCUGGGGUGACUGAACCCACAAAGAGAAGGAAGGAGGGGUCUUAAUCAAGGUGCACUCAGCUCAGCUCACUUCUCUCUUUCACUAAGACUAGUAUUGGAGACUUAUCUAUCGAGAAAGUCCUGGAGGAUCAAAUCUACAGUAUUGCACUAUUAUUUUGUUGUGUUUUGAACUUAAGUUUUGCACCGUAUAGUUUGAAUAUGAAAGUGUGAUCUGUACUGUUUUG